ACUGUAAAAGCUUCUUUUGAUGUCCAUGCUGUAAAAUGUGACUUGCUGUACCUCGCAAAUUCUGAUUUUAGGCCACUUUCUCGCUAUUUUUUCGGCUGUUCUCCUCCAGACUGGCGAGUUGCAACGUUUCGAGCUGACCAAGGAGACUCAUUUUUAUCAUUUUCUCUCUUCCAGAUGCAUCAAUUUGCAUUAAGAAAAAAGUUGUCUCAAAAGGCUCUCAUGUCCUGUCUCCAUUUCCUGUACUCCUUUUUUCCUUCCCAACCCACAAAACUGUGUGCAUCAUGUCUGCUCGCUCCUCUCCUCCUCUGCACAGGUCGUCUUUGGUUCUCGUUGUCUCGGCCGUUGCCCUACACUCCUCCUUCGGCCGACACUUUGGCGCGUCUUCGCGAUCUCUUGACUCUCUGCUGGGCCGGCGACUGGUUGACUGGAGCUGGUCGUCCACCGCAUGGCCUUCGCAUCGCUUUCUACUCUCGUGUCACUCUGGCCCGACUCGCCGUCUGUCUGCACAUCAUCCGUCGAGCCGAGUUGUCGCGGGCUCGUCAUCUGGCCGAGUCGAUUGCCACCUCAGCCUGGCAGUUGCCGCAGAAACAGACACUCGUUGGCUCGACUCCGUCGCCCGUUUCCGGGUUCACGGCCUUCGUGUCGAUGGCCGAGGCUCGGCCAGACGCACUUGGCUCCGUCGGCCGAGCGCCGCAGCAGUCCACUUUCGAUACAGUCAACCGACUCUCACGACUCAUCUCCUCUUUGAUAUAG